AGGUGAUCCAACCACCCCAAACCGACCAAUACGUAUAUCUCCCUCUCUCACAACCAAUUUUCAUCCGAGGCUUGUCGUUCCCAAUGGCCUCCACGUACCGUGAUCGGACCUCCGAGUUCCGAUCACUCUCCCAGACCCUCCAGAAAAUCGGAGGAAUCGCAGCCGUUCAUCAAGCGCAGAAUUCCUCAUCUCCCUCCAAAUCUCCCGGACCCGCCUCUUCUGGAUCUGAGUUCAACAAGAAGGCCUCCCGGAUCGGGUUGGGGAUCCAGGAAACUUCUCAGAAGAUCGCACGGCUCGCCCAGUUGGCGAAGAGGUCAUCUAUGUUCGAUGACCCGACUAUGGAAAUCCAGGAAUUAACUGCUUUGGUGAAGAAUGACAUUACAACACUAAAUGUGGCUCUCACAGAUUUGCAAACCAUUCAAAACAUGGAAAUAGCUGAUGGAAGUUAUUCCCAGGAUAAGGUUGUGCAUUCAACAGCCGUUUGUGAUGACUUGAAAAGCAAACUUAUGGGGGCAACCAAACAGCUUCAAGAUGUGUUAACCAUUAGAACAGAGAACAUCAAGGCUCACGAGAACAGGAGGCAGAUAUUUUCCACAAAUGCAUCAAGAGAAAACCCUUUUCGGAAUCCUGCAAAAACUGUGACCGCACCUGCUCCCUGGUCAACUCCCUCCAGGGCACCCAGCAAUUUGCAAGCAUCACCAUUGCCAUCGAAGGAUGUUCAAGCUGGCAACCAACUAAGACGAAGGUUAGCUGCAGAUAAUCCUCCAUCACAGCAGAUGGAAAUGUCCAUGUUACAGCAGGUAGUUCCACAGCAACAAGAUUAUACACAAGGCCGGGCUGUUGCCCUUCACAAUGUAGAAUCUACGAUUACCGAACUGAGUGGGAUCUUUACACAUUUGGCUACCAUGGUUGCACAUCAAGGGGAACUCGCUAUCAGGAUUGACGACAACAUGGAAGAAUCAUUGUCAAAUGUUGAUGGUGCACACAGCGCUUUACUAAGGAAUCUCACCCGAAUAUCAUCAAACAGGUGGCUUAUGAUCAAGAUCUUUGCCAUUUUGAUAUUUUUCCUGAUGGUCUUCAUCUUCUUUGUGGCCUAAGUACCGAAAACUGAAAACUCGGCAAUAGAAUCCUUCAUGAUGGGUGAUUAGGGUUAUUCAACUCCGCGUGUGGUUAUUUUUUUACGAAGUUGGAGUAUUGAAAGUGAUAUAGGGUUCUUUGUUCUGUAUACUUGGUGGGCAUCCGGUAUGCCCAUUUUUCGAUUCUCGAGUGUUGCUUGUACAAGAAUACCAUUCGUUGUAGCAUAUACGGUUAGAUCAUUGAGCAAUAUGUUAUGUAUCUCUGUAUCAACUGAAACAGCUUGCCAUGCUUGUUUGAAAAUGAGAAAUAAAAAAUUUCUCUAAUUACUUUUC